CUGGUAAGAUGGUUGGGGGCACGAAUGGGUUCACCCGUCAAAUGAUGAUGUCGACAGCUGCUCUCAUCAUACCAAAUCAAUUGUAAAUGCGUAGGCCAAUGUUUGGUUUUAUAGUCUCCAAUUUUAUCAAAAAUAGAAACCAGCCCCUCAAAACAUUUUUCACAUCACGUGCCAACACAUCUUAGACACGUGCAUCAAAAGCCCAGUAUGAUGACCCAAUUAGUCCUAAAAGACCAAAAGCACAAAUUAAACGGGCCAAGGCUUGAACAGAAAUUUGGAAGGGGCCGCGCGUACGCAGGCCCCCACUGCCACAAAUUAUGACGUUGGCUCUCCCACGUUGGGGAGACCAUAGGCGGGCACCCCUCCUAAGUGCAAUGGAGGUCACCGACCCAGGCCAUGGGCCUUCUUGAUCACCCAUAGACCCCGUCCAGGUAAGUAUGGAACAAUUGUCCUCCUCGACCCUUUUUAUAAUCUCUCUUCGCUCGCACUCUCCUUCACUCUGUCGAUGUGGGAUAUAACAACAACAACCGUCUAAAACUCUAAAACCCAAAAGAGAACAGAAGAACACUCUCACGGUGACAGAGUCGUGGAAAAGAUGAAGGAGCUACUGAGGUCGUUCACUAGGCUUGGAAGUGUUAGGGGUUAUAGCGCGGGGAGGAAGGACCUUCGGAUUAAGGGGGUAAAGCAUACCAUAGCCGUUGCUUCUGGUAAAGGGGGUGUGGGCAAGUCCACCACUGCAGUUAAUCUGGCUGUUGCACUUGCUAACAAGUGUCAAAUGAAGGUUGGCUUGCUUGAUGCUGAUGUAUAUGGACCAAAUGUUCCAAUCAUGAUGAAGCUCGACAAAAUGCCAGAAGUGAAUGAAGAUAAAAAAAUGGUUCCAAUUGAGAGCUAUGGAGUCAAGUGUAUGUCGAUGGGACUUCUCGUGGCCAAGGAUGCCUCACUUGUUUGGAGAGGUCCUAUGGUAUCAAGUGCUCUUGAACAAAUGACAAGGGGGGUUGACUGGGGAAAUCUUGAUGUUCUUGUGGUAGAUAUGCCCCCUGGGACUGGUGAUGCUCAUAUUACUGUAUCCCAAAGGCUGCAGUUAUCAGGUGCAUUAAUUGUUUCAACACCUCAAGAUGUUGCAUUAAUGGAUGCUCGGAGAGGAAUUAACAUGUUCUCUAAAGUCGAAGUUCCUAUUUUGGGAAUUGUAGAGAACAUGAGCUGUUUUAAAUGUCCAAACUGUGCUGAACGCUGGUUCAUUUUUGGGGAAGGAGGGUCUCGUAAGACGGCAGCUGAGAUGGGUGUGGAUUUUGCUGGUGAGAUACCAUUAGAAGUGGGGAUAAGACAAGGCUCCGACGACGGUGUCCCAAUAGUAAUAUCAGCACCUGAUUCUGAUGUCUCCAAAGCAUAUGUUGAUAUGGCACAGAAAGUUGUCGACAGACUUGAAGAAUUGUCAAAGGAAGAACAAUCUCGUCCACAGUUUAACCUUUGAUUUUGUGCUGUCCACUUUAGCAGCUGAAUGAAACCUUUGCUAUUCAUUCAGCAGAGCAGUAGCAGCAGAUUCACUUGUGCAGGCGGGCUUUUUGUAAUUUUUCCUUCACAUUAUUAGAGCUGUCUUGACCUGCGAGUUAAGUAGGGAAAAUGCCAAGUCCUUGCCCUAGCGGUAAAGGGAGGAUGGACCUGGUUAUGGAAAUCUGUCGCAUGCUGCAAGUGACUUGUAGCUCAACUGAUUAAAAGUAGCAACUCUCGCACUCAAGAUUUUAUGUUCGAAUUCAUGACCUCGAAUAUCGAUUGUAUCAACAAUUGUGGGUACACCUUGAGACUAUUUGAAGUGUUUGUAGUAGGUACACUUCCCAA